GUAGAACUGAAAUUAACAUUAACAGCUGAGUGAAAUGUAAAGAUAUAUACCUGUUUGUUUUUGUCAAAGAUGGGUAUAUUUUGGUCAAGAAAGGCUAUGGAAGUGAAAAAAAAAUGGGCAAGUAAACAUUACUAAAAAAAAAGGUCCUCUGAGAAGGUCACCUGUUUUGCUUCUACUAAACAAGAAAAAACCACAACACUUCUUUAAAUCAAAAAAACAUAAAUUUGUCUAGGUUCAGGAAACCACCAGUUUUCAUAUGCUGUUCUCCACUUAAGUGGCUGCUUAGUCAUUGUUAUCUGGAAGAAAUUGAAGGAAAGAGCUGUUUAUUGCACCAAGAGUAGAGUUGCUCCUUUACCAACCAGCUGCUGAAUUAUUUUUGAAAUGGAGGAAACAACUCCCAGCUAUGAUUACUUCUAUUCUCUUAGUUCAGAUGCUCCUGAAGAAAAUUGCCAAACUCUGAAGCUUCCUUAUAUGGAAAUUUUUGUGAGUGUUUUAUAUAUUGUUAUUUUUCUUGUGGGGACUGUGGGCAACGGUCUUCUGAUAGGAACAUUAAUCUUCAAACGAUGUGUCUGGAGGCUUACUGAUACCUUCAUUGUCAACUUGGCAAUUUCUGAUUUUAGUUUUCUUAUCACAUUGCCUUUCUGGAUAGACAAGGAACUAGCCUCAGGACUUUGGAGAUCUGGCUCUAUUCUGUGCAAAGGCAGUUCCUACAUUAUCUCAGUCAACAUGUACUGCAGCAUCUUUCUUCUGACGUGGAUGAGUGGUGACCGAUACUUGACCAUCAUGUACCCAUCAAUGGCUAAAAAAAUUAGAACAAAGCUUUAUCCUAUUCUUAUUUGCAUCAGUGUUUGGAUAUUAUCCUGCCUGUUAGGGCUGCAUACUCUACAGUCCAGAGAGUUGAAAAGAUACAACAACAAUACUUAUUGUGUGGACAAGGAAACCAUAACCAACAAUUGGAUUGGAUCAUUGAUGUUGCUUACUUUGGCUUUCUUUAUACCAUUGUUCAGCAUAUUAACGUUGCAUUAUUCCAUAAUUAAAAAACUCUAUGUGCACUAUCAGAAAUUUGGGAAACAUGACAAAAAACUGAGAAAAUCCAUCAAAAUUGUCUUCACGAUAUCAAUUGUUUUUCUUUUCUCUUGGACUCCUUUCAACAUUUUUAAAAUCUUGGCUUUGAUAUCUAGCAUCUUGGAACUGAAGCAAUCUUUCUGCCUUUACUAUAAAAUUGUCUAUCUGGGCAUGGAACUGGGUGGUCUAUUCGCAUUUGCCAACAGCUGCACAAACCCUUUCAUCUACUUCUUCUUUGAUGAUUGCAUCGGUAGGGCCAUGAUACAAAGUAUUCUUCCAUGCAGGAAGUACAAUAAACCUGGAAGCAGUUUUUCAAGCUUGGACACUUAGAUUUUCAGAGUCCAUUUCUGCCUGAAAAGGUUAUUCUUGGGAAGAGAAGGAAGUUGUUAUCAUCCUGCAUAGAAUCACUAUUUUGAAGUAUUGAUAAAAAGGGAAAGGUUGAAAUGUGAGGAAAUGCAAAUAAAGAAUUAGAAAGGAAUUAUGACUAAAUUAGCUAUUGAAUAUUUAUUUGAGUUACAUGGAAGACAAGAUAUGUAUCUUUAAUUGGAUAGUUAAUGAAAAGAUUAAGUUGAGUAUACUUAUACUGUAAGUAUUAUAUAUGCCUGAAUGUUAAUAGGUAAUUGCAUGAAAUAGUGCUUGAAACUAAUAUGAUCUAAAAUAACAGAAAUUGUUAAAAUCUUUA